AUGAUGUGGGACACACUGUCCACCUACCACGCUCUGCAAAUGCUUUUCACCGCGCGCAAAUCGAUACCCUCCUGUCACGUGACUCGCGAGUCUCCCGCGGGGUCUUUUGAUCCGGUUAACGGCUCCGCGCCGACGCCCGAGAAAGCUCUGGCUGACAGAGUCCAGCAACACGUUCCACAUAUUAGUACGCGUACUGCAACGUAUGUGUCGUCUAGUACCAACACGGUGAAUGGAUAUGUGUCAGUUGGCACCAACACGGUCUCUGAGCACGUGUCAAUAGGCACCAACACAGACACCGAAGCAGACCCAGAGUCAGAUACCUCCGCAGAACAUGUAUCAUCAACGAUGCACAGCUCUAUGAGAACAAGCCCUUCUCACUUUUCAAUCAGCCCCAACGAACACGCUAUCAUCUGCGACAAACUCAGCACAUUGAGCAACCACAUUCUGGGAUUUAAAGAGACACGCGAGCGAGUAGAUACAAUCAGAGACCUACAUCAGGCUCUCAACCAGGCCAAAACGCUCAAUCUGUUGCUGCGGCAACGGCUAAAGGAAAUCAGACACGAGUGCAACCUGCUGAUGAACACCAACUCACACCUUCCUCCUGUGGACCCGUUGUACCGGGCGGUGUGGAUGGCGGGUGUUUUUCCCCAGGACAAGUUUGUGUUGUUCUACAGGCAGAAUUCACAGCGGAUCCAGCUCCUGUACAUUCAGUAUUUGUACAAGUUUGGCGGCAGCGAGUCGGAUGUUUGCCACUCGUAUGGCUUUCAAUUGUUUUUGAGGGAAUAUCUGGGCUGUGCCACGACCACCAGAGGUCCAGUGGUUAGGUCCAAGAGCAGCUCUUCUAGAAGCAGUUCGGCGAGUUCAAGGCUGGGAAGCAGAUCUGGCAGUAGAAGUGGGUCAAGAUCUCGAACCCAGUCCAGUAGAGAUUCAAAGCUAUGGUCUCUUGAAGAGUGA